CUCAACGCAGGCGCCGUGGUUUCACACUCCAUCGUCAUCCUCAGAAGAAAAACCCUAAUUACAAGUUGCCAGGGAAGUGGAAUCAGAGCUGUGAAACGCUAAGAAUGGGAGGAAAAUGUCCGCACCGGAGCGUGAAGAAGAGAAGAUAUUCUCACAAGACAGCACGCCGAACCAAAUUUGAGUUGAAAGGGGACGAUAUGGUUUACGCGCAGGUAAACAAACCCGAUGAAGAGAAAACCCCUUUACCCGUAGACGAAGAUUUGCCUGGGAUGGGACAGUACUAUUGCCCUCACUGCGAUCGGUACUUUUCCAAUAAAACUGUGAGGGAUGAACACUUUAAGACCAAACGACACAGGAGGCGUGUAAAACAAAUGAUGGGUCCUGCACCACAUACUCAACUUGAUGCCGAAUUAGCUGCAGGGAUGGGUAUGCCAGACAAUGGACCAAAGCUGAUGUCAAUGUAACUUCUUUUUUUGUAGUGGGUAGAAAGAUUGUCCUAGAGUUUAAGAUAUAGUGCUUCUUUAUUACACUACAAAGCAAUAUUAAAUUUUGAAUGCUGUCUUUUUUGUUUAAUUCCUAUCUUUUGUUUACUAGAUGAAAUGUUGGAAAACACUAUUUGAGAGAGUUUAAAUUGGAGUUAAAGGUGAUUUUGAUAAUCGCUCAUAUGGAAUACAGUGGUGUGUGUAUAUAGUAAAAAGUGAUUUAGGUUUGGAUUUUGAAUGUAAUAUGUUUUUAUAAUAAAACUUGAGACGAAAA